CGAUGGUAUCGAAUUGCUGGUAUAAAAAGCAUCAGAGCGCCCCGCCGCCGGUCAGAACGGCUUCGAACGAAGGCUCCAGGGCUGUGUUCUCGUGUCUCGACUAGCCCAAAAGUCUCGUUAGCCCUCCGAAAUGCCGAAGCCAGUGGUCCAAGAGGGAGAAGAUCCCGAUCCGACCCCAUACCUGUUCGUUUCUCUUGAGCAGAAGCGUAUCGAUCAAAGCAAGCCCUACGAUGGCAAGAAGGCAUGCUGGGUACCGGACGAAAAGGAGGGCUUCUUGCAGGGCGAGAUUAAGGCCACCAAGGGUGAUCUGGUGACCGUCAACCUUCCCGGAGGCGAGACAAAAGACUUCAAGAAGGAUCUUGUAGGUCAAGUCAACCCACCUAAAUACGAGAAAUGCGAGGAUAUGUCCAACUUGACAUACCUCAACGAUGCUUCUGUUUUGUAUAACUUGAAGCAAAGAUAUUACCAUAAGCUUAUUUACACGUACUCGGGUCUCUUCUGCGUCGCCAUCAAUCCUUACAAGAGGUUCCCCGUGUACACGACACGAUGCGCCAGGCUGUACCGUGGCAAGCGUCGUUCGGAAGUGCCACCCCACAUCUUCGCCAUUUCCGACGGUGCCUAUGUAAACAUGUUGACCAACCACGAGAAUCAAUCUAUGUUGAUUACCGGUGAGUCUGGUGCUGGUAAGACUGAGAACACGAAGAAGGUAAUUGCGUACUUCGCCACCGUGGGUGCCUCGCAGAAGAAGGAUGCCAGCCAGGAGAAGAAGGGCUCCCUGGAAGAUCAGGUCGUCCAAACUAACCCUGUACUUGAAGCGUUCGGUAACGCCAAGACCGUGCGUAACGACAACUCCUCCCGAUUCGGUAAAUUCAUCCGUAUCCACUUCGGUCCCUCUGGCAAACUGGCUGGUGCCGAUAUUGAGACCUACCUGCUCGAGAAGGCUCGUGUAAUCUCCCAACAAGCCCUUGAGCGUUCUUACCACAUUUUCUACCAGAUGAUGUCUGGUUCUGUUGCCGGACUUAAGGAUAUUUGCUUAUUGUCCAACGACAUUUACGAUUACCACAACGUCUCCCAGGGUAAGAUUACAAUCCCCAACAUGGAUGACGGCGAAGAAUGUACCUUGACUGAUCAAGCCUUCGACAUUCUGGGCUUCACACAAGAAGAAAAGGACAACGUAUACAAGAUCACUGCCGCUGUCAUGCACAUGGGUGGCAUGAAGUUCAAGCAGAGGGGUCGCGAGGAGCAGGCUGAAGCUGACGGAACUGAGGCAAGUGAAAGGGUUGCUAAACUCUUGGGCGUCGACUGCCAAGACUUGUACAAGAACUUGUUGAAGCCCCGCAUCAAGGUCGGCAACGAGUUCGUCACCCAGGGUCGUAACAAGGACCAGGUGUUCAACUCCGUUGGUGCCCUUUGCAAGGGUGUGUUCGAUCGUCUCUUCAAAUGGCUCGUCAAGAAGUGUAACGAGACCCUAGACACCAAGCAGAAGAGGCAGCACUUCAUCGGUGUACUGGAUAUCGCCGGUUUUGAGAUCUUCGACUACAACGGUUUCGAGCAACUCUGCAUUAACUUCACCAAUGAGAAGCUGCAGCAGUUCUUUAACCACCACAUGUUUGUACUGGAGCAAGAAGAGUACAAGAAAGAGGGCAUCAACUGGGCUUUUAUCGAUUUUGGAAUGGACUUGCUCGCUUGUAUCGAUCUUAUUGAGAAGCCUAUGGGUAUUCUCUCCAUCCUUGAGGAAGAGUCUAUGUUCCCGAAAGCCACCGAUCAGACAUUCGUUGAGAAGUUGAACAACAACCACUUGGGUAAAUCUCCACCAUACCUGAAGCCCAAACCCCCCAAGCCCGGCUGCCAAGCCGCUCACUUCGCCAUUGGUCACUACGCCGGUAACGUCGGCUACAACAUCACUGGCUGGCUUGAGAAGAACAAGGAUCCCCUUAACGACACCGUCGUAGACCAGUUCAAGAAGGGACAGAACAAACUGUUGAUUGAGAUCUUUGCUGACCAUCCCGGUCAGUCUGGUGAUGCUGGUGGCGGCGGUGGCAAGGGCGGUCGCGGUAAGAAGGGUGGUGGUUUCGCUACUGUCUCCUCGGCUUACAAGGAACAACUUAACAACCUGAUGACAACGCUGAGGUCUACCCAGCCUCACUUCGUGCGUUGUAUCAUCCCCAACGAGUUGAAACAGCCUGGUCUCAUUGAUUCUCACCUUGUAAUGCACCAGCUGACCUGUAACGGUGUGCUUGAAGGCAUCCGUAUUUGCCGUAAAGGUUUCCCCAACAGGAUGGUCUACCCUGACUUUAAGCUCCGUUACAUGAUUCUUGCACCAGCCAUUAUGACUGCUGAAAAAGACCCCAAAGAAGCAGCUAGGAAGUGUUUGGAAGCAGUUAAUCUUGACCCUGAAAGCUAUCGUAUUGGUCAUACUAAGGUAUUCUUCCGCGCUGGUGUCCUGGGUCAGAUGGAAGAGUUGCGUGACGACAGGUUGUCCAAGAUCGUGUCAUGGCUCCAGGCCUAUAUUCGUGGUUACUUGUCCCGAAAGGAGUACAAGAAGCUGCAAGAACAGAGGCUCGCUCUCCAAGUUGUCCAACGCAACUUGCGCAAAUACCUGCAGCUCCGCACCUGGCCCUGGUGGAAAAUGUGGCAGAAGGUCAAGCCCCUCCUCAACGUCACUCGCGUCGAGGAUGAGAUCGCGAAAUUGGAAGAGAAAGCACAAAAAGCGCAGGAGGCUUUUGAGAAGGAAGAGAAGCUCCGUAAAGAGCUUGAGGCCCUCAACGCCAAGCUUCUUGAGGAGAAGACAACCCUGCUGUCCAGCCUCGAGGGAGAGAAGGGCUCCCUGUCUGAGUUCCAGGAACGCGCCGCCAAACUCCAGGCGCAGAAAUCGGACAUCGAAUCUCAACUUAGGGAUACUCAAGACCGUCUCACUCAGGAAGAGGAUGCCCGCAACCAACUCUUCCAAUCUAAGAAGAAAUUGGAGCAAGAGGUGUCUGGCCUGAAGAAGGACAUUGAAGACCUCGAACUUAGCGUACAGAAGUCCGAGCAAGACAAGGCGACCAAGGAUCACCAGAUCCGCAACUUGAAUGAUGAGAUUGCCCACCAGGAUGAGCUCAUCAACAAGCUGAACAAGGAAAAGAAACUCCAGGGUGAAUCCACCCAAAAGACAUCUGAAGAGCUCCAAGCUGCUGAGGACAAGGUCAACCACCUCAACAAGGUUAAGCAGAAGCUCGAACAGACCCUGGACGAGCUGGAAGACUCUUUGGAGCGCGAGAAGAAACUCCGUGGUGAUGUUGAGAAGCAAAGGAGGAAGGUUGAGGGCGACCUCAAGCUUACCCAAGAGGCCGUUGCUGAUCUUGAGCGCAACAAGAAGGAACUCGAGCAGACCAUCCAACGCAAGGACAAGGAAAUCUCCUCCCUCACUGCCAAGCUUGAGGAUGAGCAAUCCCUCGUCAGCAAGCUCCAGAAACAGAUCAAGGAGCUCCAGGGACGCAUUGAAGAGCUCGAGGAAGAAGUUGAAUCUGAACGUCAAGCGCGCGCUAAGGCUGAGAAGCAGCGUGCCGACCUCGCCCGUGAACUCGAGGAGCUCGGUGAGCGCCUUGAAGAGGCCGGUGGCGCUACCUCUGCCCAGAUCGAGCUCAACAAGAAGCGUGAGGCUGAGCUCAGCAAACUCCGCCGUGACCUCGAGGAGGCCAACAUCCAACACGAGUCCACCCUUGCCAAUCUCCGCAAGAAGCACAACGAUGCUGUCUCCGAGAUGGGUGAACAACUCGACCAACUCAACAAACUCAAGGCCAAGGCUGAACAUGAUCGUGCAUCUUGCUACAGCGAGCUUAACAACACGCGUGCGGCAAUCGAUCAAGUUGCAAGGGAGAAGGCUGCCCAGGAGAAGAUCGUCAAGCAACUGCAACACCAGCUUAACGAGGUCCAGAGCAGGUCUGAUGAGGCGAACCGCACGCUCAAUGACCUGGAUGCCGCCAAGAAGAAGCUGUCCAUCGAGAACUCUGACCUUCUCCGCCAAUUGGAGGAGGCCGAGUCUCAAGUUUCUCAGCUUUCCAAGAUCAAGGUGUCGCUCACCACUCAACUGGAAGACACCAAGAGGCUCGCCGACGAGGAAGCCAGGGAACGCGCAACUCUGCUUGGCAAGUUCCGCAACCUGGAACACGACCUGGACAACAUCAGGGAACAGGUCGAGGAGGAGGCUGAAGGCAAGGCUGAUCUGCAACGCCAGUUGUCCAAGGCCAAUGCUGAAGCUCAACUGUGGCGCUCCAAGUACGAAUCCGAAGGUGUUGCCCGCUCGGAGGAACUCGAGGAAGCCAAACGCAAACUCCAGGCUCGCCUCGCCGAAGCCGAGGAGACCAUUGAGUCUCUCAACCAGAAGGUCGUGGCCCUCGAAAAGACCAAGCAGCGCCUUGCCACUGAGGUCGAGGAUCUGCAACUCGAGGUUGACCGCGCCACAGCCAUUGCUAACGCUGCCGAGAAGAAACAGAAGGCAUUCGACAAGAUCAUUGGAGAAUGGAAACUCAAGGUUGAUGAUCUUGCUGCCGAGCUUGACGCCAGCCAGAAGGAAUGCCGUAACUAUUCCACUGAAUUGUUCCGUCUCAAGGGUGCCUAUGAAGAAGGUCAGGAACAACUCGAGGCCGUCCGUCGUGAGAACAAGAACCUUGCUGAUGAAGUCAAGGAUCUCCUUGACCAGAUCGGUGAAGGUGGCCGCAACAUCCACGAAAUUGAGAAGGCUAGGAAGCGACUUGAAGCCGAAAAAGACGAACUCCAGGCCGCUCUUGAGGAGGCCGAGUCUGCCCUCGAACAGGAGGAAAACAAAGUCCUCCGCGCACAACUCGAAUUGUCUCAGGUCAGACAGGAGAUCGACAGGCGUAUUCAGGAGAAGGAGGAGGAAUUCGAGAACACACGCAAAAACCACCAGCGUGCUCUCGACUCCAUGCAAGCUUCCCUCGAAGCCGAGGCUAAGGGCAAGGCUGAGGCUCUACGCAUGAAGAAGAAGCUCGAAGCUGACAUCAACGAGCUUGAGAUUGCUCUCGACCAUGCCAACAAAGCUAAUGCCGAGGCCCAGAAGAACAUCAAGCGUUACCAAGGACAAAUCAAGGACUUGCAAACCGCCCUCGAGGAAGAACAGCGCGCCCGCGACGAUGCCCGUGAACAGCUUGGCAUCUCGGAACGCCGUGCCAAUGCCCUCCAGAAUGAGCUCGAAGAGUCUCGUACACUCCUGGAACAGGCUGACCGUGCUCGUCGCCAAGCCGAACAGGAACUUGGUGAUGCCCAUGAACAGCUUAAUGAACUGUCCGCCCAAAACGCUUCCCUCUCUGCCGCCAAGAGGAAACUCGAGUCCGAAUUGCAGACCCUGCAUUCCGACUUGGAUGAGCUUCUCAACGAGGCCAAGAACUCUGAGGAGAAGGCCAAGAAGGCUAUGGUUGAUGCUGCCCGUCUUGCCGAUGAACUCCGCGCUGAACAAGAACACGCCCAGACUCAGGAGAAACUGCGCAAGGCCCUUGAACAACAGAUCAAGGAACUGCAGGUCAGAUUGGACGAGGCUGAAGCUAACGCCCUUAAGGGAGGAAAGAAGGCCAUCCAGAAACUCGAACAAAGAGUUAGGGAACUCGAGAAUGAGCUCGAUGGAGAACAGCGAAGACACGCCGACGCACAGAAGAACCUGCGUAAGGCCGAGAGGCGCAUCAAGGAAUUGACCUUCCAGGCCGAGGAGGACCGCAAGAACCACGAACGCAUGCAGGACCUCGUCGACAAACUCCAACAGAAGAUCAAGACCUACAAGAGGCAGAUCGAGGAGGCGGAAGAGAUCGCCGCCCUCAACUUGGCUAAGUUCCGCAAGGCGCAGCAGGAGUUGGAAGAGGCCGAAGAAAGGGCAGACCUGGCCGAACAAGCCAUCAGCAAAUUCCGUGGCAAAGGACGCGCGGGAUCCGCAGCGAGAGGAGUCAGUCCGGCGCCCCAGCGCUCGCGCCCCGCGCUGUCUGACGCCUUCGGCACCUUCCCACCUAGGUUCGACCUGGCGCCCGAAAACGAUUUCUAAACGUUCCACAAAUAAAAACGGACUGUACAGAUUUUUCGUUGAAAUGUAACCUAGUUUUUUAUACAUAACGUUGAAUGUGUUACGAAAGCGUGAAACGAGAAACUGUAAAAAUCAUUUUUUAAACAACCAAAAAAAUAUACACUUAGUGAUCUAAUCUUUUUACGAAAGGCUAUUUUAUAACUUGUUGAUAUUUAUUUAUAUUAUUUAUUACCGUGAAACAUUGUGCGUAUCGAGAGUGCGAGAGAGCGCGAGAGAGGCGCGCACGGCGGCCGCUAGCUCCGAAGAGACACGCCCCCCACCCCCCCAACCGGCGCCGACGCACGCCUCCCUCGCAUUCUCUCCUUUAACAUCUAAUAAAGCGAUAUCGUUGUCAUAAAAUACUAAAAUA